GAAAUCUGCCAUAUUUGUGUGACAUUGGGAGGUUUUUAUUAGCAAAUUCGCGAUUUGUGUGUGGUUUUGUCGCAAUUUCAGCGUGCUACACAGUCGCAAAGGCCGCUAUUUGCAGUGCAGCGUCUUGUCUGGACACUCAGCUGUGCAGAAGGGGGCGAUUUGGGCAGUUGCGUGGUGAACUUGAGGCCAGAAGUGGCAGACAAAGUUGCGGACUUUGGAUGUUUGCAAGCCACAAUGGGCAGUGAGUGAGUGCACACAGGAAGAUCUUUCACAAUGAACUCCAUCCCCUCGACGGCGCCCACGUCGGCGGACGCCUGCCUCAGUAUUGUGCACUCGCUGAUGUGCCACCGGCAGGGGGGCGAGACCGAGGGCUUCGCGAAGCGCGCCAUCGAGAGCCUGGUGAAGAAGCUGAAGGAGAAGCGCGACGAGCUGGACUCUCUCAUCACGGCCAUCACGACAAAUGGGGCGCAUCCCAGCAAGUGCGUGACAAUUCAGCGCACCCUCGACGGGCGACUGCAAGUGGCCGGACGCAAGGGCUUCCCGCACGUUAUCUACGCACGCAUCUGGCGCUGGCCGGACCUGCACAAGAACGAGCUGAAGCACGUGAAGUACUGUCAGUACGCGUUCGACCUCAAAUGUGACUCUGUGUGCGUGAAUCCCUAUCACUAUGAGCGCGUCGUGUCGCCCGGCAUCGACCUGAGCGGUCUCACGCUGCAGUCCGGGCCGAGCAGGAUCGUCAAGGAUGAGUACUCGGCGGGCGCCAUGGUGCCGGGUGCGCUGGAAAUGGAGGCCCUGGACGCGGGCACAAUCCAGCACCAUCCGCCGCCGAUCAACAACUCAUCCUACCCAGGAUACCAGCAAGCUCCCCACACCAUGACCGUUCCGCCGGACAGUGGCCUCCAGGCGAGCGCUUGCAUCCAUCCCGGGGCGCCGCAGGUGCAGCAGCAGCCCAUUGUGUCGCUACCGGGCAUGCCAUCCGGCGCCCAGGCGAGCGUGAUGUCCGCCUCGGCGGCCCCUGACGCCACUCUGCAGUCGCAAUCGCCAUCACAGUCCUACUACGCCGGCACGGCGACUGGACAGGCGCCGAGCAGUGCCCCAGAGCCGCUUCCCGUGGAUCCACAGACGCAGCCCGGCGCGACUGGCAGCAUGACAAUUAUCCAGUCGUCGGGCGGCGGACACCAGCAGAAGAACGGCUACGUAGCUGGCGCGGCGGCACCCACCGGUGGCGGCGGCGGCAGUGGAGCAGCCGGUCAAGUGCAAUCGACACAGCCCUUCACAUCCACAGAGUCCAUUCAGGGCACCUGGACGGGCUCCAGCACGCUGACCUACACGCAAUCAAUGCAGCCGCCGGACAUGCGACAGAACCAGUCAAUGUUCUGGUCGCACGGCAACUCCCAUAUCCAGGGCGAGGUGUUUGGGCAUCAGCGUCUGUUGUCGCGCCAGCCCGCGCCGGAGUACUGGUGCUCCGUGGCAUAUUUCGAGCUGGACACGCAGGUGGGGGAGACAUAUAAAGUGCCGUCGUCGAAGCCCAAUGUCAUUGUCGACGGCUAUGUGGAUCCGUCUGGUGGGAAUCGCUUCUGCCUAGGCGCACUCAGCAAUGUGCAUCGCACGGAGCAGAGUGAGCGCGCCAGGUUGCACAUCGGCAAAGGCGUGCAGCUAGACCUGCGCGGCGAAGGCGACGUGUGGAUGCGCUGCCUCAGUGAUCACUCGGUCUUCGUGCAGAGCUACUAUCUGGACCGCGAGGCGGGCAGAACGCCCGGAGAUGCGGUGCACAAGAUCUACCCAGCGGCUUACAUUAAGGUCUUCGACUUGCGUCAGUGCUACAGGCAGAUGCAGUCUCUGGCGGCGAAUGCUCAGGCCGCGGCUGCGGCGCAGGCGGCGGCCGUGGCCGGACUCCCAGGAUCUCAAAUUGGCGCCCCACCGAGAAGUCUCAAUGCGGCGGCGGGCAUCGGUGUGGACGAUCUGCGGCGCCUCUGCAUCCUGCGGCUGAGCUUCGUGAAGGGCUGGGGCCCCGACUAUCCGCGCCAGAGCAUCAAGGACACGCCGUGCUGGGUGGAGGUGCACCUGCAUCGCGCCCUGCAGCUGCUGGACGAGGUGCUGCACACGAUGCCGAUCGAUGGCCCGCGCACGGUGGAGUGAGAGCGCCCCCGAUGACUUCUCAGAGAGCCAUUUCUACAUUAUGUAUGUGUACAUAUUUAAUUGGAGGAGAGAAACAUUUAAUAAAACAUUCACACAA